CCAUUGGCCCUCGCCGCCAGUCAGUCUUGUCAGGAAAGGAGGGCGUGAGCUAGUAGUUGAAUGACUGCCGGCUGUGGACGCUGUGGACGGGACAGGACAGCCCGUGGAACAUACGCGAAGGCGCCGGUUCCUUAUAAUUCCAACUAUUUAACUCAGGACGGCCUUCGUCGAGGCACCAGGGAGCCUUGCUGUAGCGUCAGCCGGGACAAAGUGCUGUGGAGGCCGGGGCGAGGUUCUCGCAGGUUGAUGGCAAGAAGCGAAGAAGACGACAAACGUAAACAUGUCUCGUCUCGGUUGAUUCGAUCACUUGUAAAGAUCGCAACAAUUCCCGGUGUGUCCGUUAGAAUGACACACGCCGGGCCGUGUUUAGCGAGCGGCUUGUCUGCCACGAUGUUUUGACCGAGAGCCAAUCAAAUUGGCUAUUCAAAUCCACGCUUAUGUCAGUGACCUAUAUCUCAUGUAUGUGCGCCAAGAGCCCACAGUCUCCUCGGCGCUAGACCAGACAGCAUGGGGACCAACGGGGUAGACAACCAGGCGCAGCCGUCUGGCAGGGGGUCCGGGACGGAGCAGCCCGCCGCGGGUCCCCCCGAAGACGAGCGGGGCGAUGCUGCCCAAAAGCCGCAGCCGAAUCAAGAUGAGCGAGCGGCGGGCGGCGAGUCGAAAGUCCCGCAGGAGGACAGCACCGUGCAGCUGAUCGAGACCGGCUGCAAGCCCGGAUCGUCCCCGGGUCUCGAAGCGGAGCCGGCCGUGCAGGUGGAGAGGAAGGGCGGGGGAUUCGCGCCCCCCGAAGGAGGUUUUGGCUGGCUGGUGGUUUUGGCAGCGACCUGGUGCAAUGGAUCCAUCUUCGGAAUUCAGAACUCUUUCGGCAUCCUGCACAUGAUGCUGGUGAGGGAGCACGCAGACCCGGAGGACAAGACGUCUCAGUUCAAAGUGGCCUGGGUCGGGGCGCUGGCCAUGGGAAUGAUCUUCUUCUGUUCACCUGUGGUCAGCAUGUUCACCGACCACUUUGGCUGUCGGAAAACCGCCGUCAGCGGGGCGCUGCUGGCGUUCAUCGGACUGCUGAGUACAUCUUUUGCAACCUCGCUGAGCCUCCGUUAUUUGACCUACGGCGUGCUGUUUGGCUGCGGAUCCUCCUUCGCCUUCCAGCCCUCCUUGGUCAUCCUGGGCCACUACUUUCGCCAGCGCCUGGGCUUGGCCAACGGGGUGGUGACGGCGGGGGCCAGCCUCUUCUCCAUGGGUCUCCCCGUGUUGCUCAACAAGGUGGUGGAGCCGCUGGGACUCAGCAGGACCUUCCAGAUCCUCAGCCUCUUCAUGCUGGUGCAAGCCUUGCUGGCGCUGACAUUCAAGCCGCUGCUCCCCGCCGGACCUCGCGUGGGACCACCGGGCAGCGCUCAGCCUCCAGUCCAGCCGGGGGCCAGUGCUCACAGCGGGAACUGGUGCAGUCAGGCCUUGGCGGGGGUCCGGAAGUACUUUAACCUGAGAGUUUUUGGCAUCGUCACCUACCGCGUGUGGGCUUUUGGAGUGGCUACAGCAGUCCUGGGCUACUUUGUGCCUUACGUCCAUCUGAUCAACUUCGUGGAGGAGCAGUUCAAGGGCAGCGACAAAGAGUGGCUGCUCCUGGUCUGCAUCGGAGCGUCAUCAGGGGUGGGACGACUCACUUUCGGCAAGAUCGGGGACCUCAUCCCCGGCCUGAAGAAGAUCUACAUGCAGGUGGUGUCCUUCAUGGUCCUGGGUCUGAUGUCCAUGAUGAUCCCUCAGUGUGCCGUCUUCGAGGGGCUGGUCGUGGUGUGCGUCUUUCUGGGCCUGUGUGACGGAUGCUUCCUCACCAUGAUGGCUCCCAUCGCCUUCGAGCUGGUGGGACCCAUGCAGGCCUCGCAGGCCAUAGGCUACCUGCUGGGCCUCAUGUCCCUUCCCAUGACCGCUGGCCCCCCCAUCGCCGGUCUCCUCCACGAUUAUUUCGGCGACUACACGGUGGCCUUCUCCGUGGCCGGCGUGCCCCCCAUGAUCGGGGGCGUGGUGCUGUUCUUCGUUCCCCUCAUCCACGGGCGGCUGCGGCUCGGCCAGACGGCGUCGCCGGAAGGAGAGACGAGCGCCCACAUGCUGCCCCACAUGCUGCCCCACGGCCCGGCGCCGCCAAAGAGCUGCUCCAACGGAGACGUGCUGCCCGGCUACACCGACGUGGAGACGCACAUCUGACUCCCAUGGUUACCUGACUGGAGCUGACCUUUAACCUCGCCAGCUCCUUGAGGCGAGAUGUCAGAUGAACUCAUUAGUUGCUUUGGGAAGAUCAGCUGUAGACCCGCCAUCUGUAGGACCUGCUUCCUUGUCAGUGGCUGCCGGCUCAUCCUGACGCCUUUCAACAUGGACGCUGACUACUUUAAUUCCACCGCCUUCUCCAGCGGGCAUGACGGCAUAGCUUAGAUACAAACCUUCUCACCCGUUCAACACCCAUUCCCUCUCCUUUCCCUCUCCUUUCCAUCUCCUUUCCCUCUCCUUCCUGCCUUUCCUCUCACAGCCAGGCGAAUACAUCCGCUCUAGAAGCGGCCAUGUCACAAGACCGGCCUCAGCUUGACAUGCUGGCUUUAGCCGACGCUUCCAUGGCAACCACACAAGCUCCUCAUUCCUGCGCUCAAGGAGACACGUGACGUGGCCUUUCAUUCCGUGCCUUCUAGCAGGCCCAUGUGGGGUUGGGCAUCCAUGGGAACCGGGAUCAUUCAAAUGUUCUUAUUCCCAUUCCUCGUUUCCAUGACCACUCGCCCACCGCAAAAAAUACACACCAACACCAACAAAGAAGAAGUGGCUCAGGAGUUUAGCUUUACUUGAUAAAACACAUCAGUGGGCUCCAUGCUGCGAUAUCAUGCGGCACGGCGAUAUCAUGCGGCACAAUGAUAUCAUGCGGCACAAUGAUAUCAUGCGGCACAAUGAUAUCAUGCGGCAUAAUGAUAUCAUGCAGCACAAUGAUAUCAUGCGGCACGGUGAUACAGUAAACAAGGAAUGGGAAGCAAAUAGUUCCCAUUCAAAUGAUGCCCAAGCCAACUCCACAGGCUUUCCCUCUCGGAUUUUCAGUCCCAUUUUUGGAGGGGGGGGGGGGGGGCAGGGUGCUAAAACAAUCAUGCAGUCCUUUUGUAGUUUGACACUGUAGAUUUUUCUCGUUUAAAAAAAAGGCAUUUUGCACAAACUUGUCCGAGCUAUUCCCUCCUGCAGGCUUUCAGUCAGGAACGUUCUUCUCCUGACUCCCGGUCUGGCUUCCUGAUUCUGCCUGAUGCCCCAUUCCUGCCUGCGUUCCGUUCUCCUACACAGCUGCUAUUUAUUACCGUCCAUUCCCUCCCAUUCCUUCCCAUUCCCUCCCAUUCCUUCCCAUUCCCUCCCAUUCCUUCCCAUUCCUUCCUAUUCCCUCCCAUUCCUCCAGGCACACAAUGCCAGACUGACUAUUUCCCAAGUAAACAGCCAAACCAUCCAAGUACGCUAGUUUGCAGGAUGCGAAUGAAAUGUACUGCAGUGGCGGACAUGAGAUUUACUACUAUGUACGAGAUUGUACUCAUCAAAACACGGGUAUCUACAUGUACUUUUACUUCACGUUACAAGACAAGAACAGGCUGUGUGCCGGUUCUACUUCCUGACAUGGAGGAAAUACUUCAUUCCAUCUCUUCAUGGGACAACAGCCAUCCACUUCCAUUUACACUGGAGCCUACUACAAUGGACAUGUGGGUUCCUCCCUGAUGUCAUGUGACUCAAUCACACAACAGCUGGGAAAUCUGGUGUCAUGACAAGGCGUCAGGUGGGAAUGGGAGCAGGCGGGAAUGGUCACACGGUCUGCUAACAUUCAUAGCUAAAGGUCAUCCAGUAUGCUAACAUUCACAGCUAAAGGUCAUCAGUAUGCUAACAUUCACUGCUAAAGGUCAUCAGUAUGCUAACAUUCACAGCUAAAGGUCAUCAGUAUGCUAACAUUCACUGCUAAAGGUCAUCAGUAUGUGUCGGAAGGACAGGUUUAUAUCGCAGGUUUGAAUGAUCUCACCAGGCAGAAUAAUAAUAAUAAAUAAAUAAUAAUAAUCCUAAUGAUCAUCAAAAUAAGAUGAGCUACUGUUGUUGCUGGUAUGCACACAAGCUAAAACUCACCUCUGACCCCCUGACAUCACUUCCUGUCCUUCACACACACGCUAGUAUGAUUUAUGUCUUAUGUUCUCUGAUUAUGUUGACUACAUUGGGUAAUAGGGGUGUAAAUGUGACUAUAGGGGUGCUAUUUCACGGCUAAAGGGCUCUAAUAAUGUAUUGUCCAAUGAGGAGCGGAAGCAGCGAUAAACGAAGGAUGACCGUAUCUCGUUUGCAUCCAUGUGCUCAGAUCCAUUUGUCUUUAAUAAUUGUAUGCGGCAGUCAGUUCUAUGGUUAUCAUCACACCUCCUCUUGCAAAGAGACUAGUGAGCCCUGGAGGACGUUUGGGGUUGCAGCAUCUCAUUGGGCAUGAAGCAGACGCAUCUCCUGGCCUGUGUUUGUGUUGAGCUCUUCAUGGCCAUGGUGGUCACCUGAGCCAUGGUUGGCCUCCAUGGAGACGUUCCUGCAAGAACCACCACAGCCGCCAUUUCUGCACAGACUAUCACUGAUGCGCUACAAACUCAUGUAGCCAUCACUUCUCUUCUUUUCUCUGCUUUCCUGUUGACGUGUGUGCUGACCUCCAUGGAGGUUCCUGCAGCUCAACCAUGAUUGCCUUUGUUUUUGGCAGCCUUGGGAUGGGAGCCUUGGGAUGGCAGCCUUGGGAUGGGAGCCUUGGGAUGGGAGCCUUGGGAUGGGAGCCUUGUCCUCAGAGAGCAGGCCAGUAACUGUUAGAAACAUGGAAGUCAUCAUGCUGUUUGUCCAAGUCCUGUUUUCUAACCAAACAGCAUUAAAGAAGCUAAUAGGAACAUGACGUGUGCUGUCAUUGUGAGCGUUCCUGUCCUGGCCUGCAGGAGUGGUCCUUGAGACUUGCAAUCAUGGGGGGUGGGGGAUUAACCCCGCAUCCCCUCAGAAAGCACACAGUGUGCCAGCUGAAGAGCUGGGCUGCUAGGACAUCCAUGUGUCUCCAAACGCGUGACGUGGAAUCACCACAGCAACACGGCUGAGUUCAGUCAGGCAUCCAGCCCCCCCCCCCCCACCCUCCCCCGGUCAUGCUGGGCUUCCCAUUAGACCUCCGUGUACGCUCCAGCACCAGGGUGCUUUCAUAGUCCACCUGCACGGUCAUUACCGGGAGGCAUGAGGGAAUUAUGACGUCAUACGGAUAAAUCCACGUGACCGUGAGCAGUCAAUCAAUAACCCGCCUGCGACUUUAAGGGCCCGUCCUAACAUGCCCUGGGCACAAGCCACCCGGCACCCGAACAACCUUAGCAGCCGCCCAACACCAGCAUCGCUACAUCGCCUGGGACCACCAGUGCCCCCCCCCCAUGCAAACAGAGAAAUACUGGAUGGAAGUGGAAGUACUCCUAACGCAUGUCUGGCUGGCACUGGAUGGAAAACACCUAAAAACUUCACCCUCCAUCCUCCGCUGGCGGAACAAUGCAUGCAACACCAAACAUGUCCGCUAGAGGUCCUCCUCCACCAACCUGAUGAUAUACCUAUAUGAUGACCCUAUAUGAUGAUAGAAAUAUGUCUGUUUGACACAACACCUGUACUUAUACUUACCUCACAUAUACCUAGAAUACUAACACUUACCACACAUGUACUUAAUACCAUUAAUAAUAGCAAUAAUAAGGAUAACUAUAAGAACACGACCUACUAAUAAUCAUGGAUUUCAUGUACUGCUGCCUGUGAUCCGGAUGAAAGAAUAAAGGUAAAACCAACAAAGCCACAGUGAGGAUGAGUUAUGAGUUAUGAGUCAGGAUAUGAAUAUGAAUACU